AUGGAAGAUGACUAUCAAGGAUAUGUCUACUACCGCAUGAGUAUUACCGACCACGCUGCCUCUUCUAAUAAUAAUGGUAGUGUGGUUACUCGUAACCACCCUGCUCUCAAUACCAGCACCACGACUGCGGCCUCUCAAAAAGCAGCACCGAGACCCAAAUUCAAAAAAGGGCUCGAUUGCGAUCUUGUGCUGAACACAAAGGCGUCAACAACUGACAAGCAGUUGGAAUUAUCGACAUCGCCAUCCACAGCCACCACAACAGUUACAGAACCAUCAACGAUGAAAAAAAUCCAAGGGCGCCGUUAUGGUGUUAUAGUAUCAUCAGAUGAUCGACAUCAGAAAGAACAGAAGGGCGUUACUGAGAAGCAUCAAGGACGCCGUCAUGGUGUUAUGGUAUCACCAGAUUAUCAACGCCAAGAAGAACAAGAAGAAGAUUUGUUGCUCCAACAAGGACAUCGCCUUCCACCAGGGUUCAUCAAAUCAUAG